AUGGCCUCUGAAGAUCAGAGUGUGGAAAAAUGGGGUCUCCCAGACCUACCGAUGGCUUCUUUCCAAUGGGGAGCAGCCCUGUCUGCAGUGAAGGAUCAGAUCCCAUCCAUGGACUCUGACAUCUCAACGUCCGACGAUGAUGAAGACAAGGAGCUUUUUAUCUUCCAGCGGGAUCUGUCCAACCUGAUUCCUGACUUGUCCGAGGAACUGGAAGACUUUUCUCUGGAUGAAACCGACUUGCAGAAGACAUUCGCAUUCAUGAGACAACCGCGAGAGCUCUGGAAUGAAGAUUUAGAUAGCUCAUCUUUUCUGGAAGGAGAGAGUGUGUCUCAGACUGGAUCAGAGGGACAAGUCAUACUAGAUAGAGAUGGCUUUGGCCUUGGGAUCAAAAACUCACCAAGUGAACGAGACAUGACUUCAUCGGAGUUUGAUCUGCGUAAGCCUGAAUCGGAAGAGGGCAUCUCAGCAGCCCUCGGAGAGAAGAAUCCAGUGGUUAAGAAAGGCGAUGAGAUUUGGGGUUGGACCCCCGAUAAGCUGCCAUCAGGAUUGCCUUUUUUCAGUGAAAAAGAAAAACCAAGUGAAAUCAGUAGUGAAAAGGAACAAAGGAAAUUAAUAGAAACAAAAAUUCUCUCCAAGGUAAUGCCAAAAAACAAUAACAACAACUUAGGAAGUAUGGUUAAGGAGGAAAGUGAGCAGCCUGCUAUUUCAGCCAAGAACCCCCAAGAGAUGACUCUGUUCUCCCUUCAGGACACUGAGAAGUGGGAUCUAGACAAGGUUCUGCAAGACCCGGAGAUGCAAAGCCAGACUACUAGGAGCCAGACAGCGGAGGAAGCGGCUUUCCCUUCGGUGGACCACGAUACCCGCAGGUCUGUGUCACAAACGAAGCUCAUGGGAAAGCUGAAAGAGCUGUGUCUGAAGCAGUCGAGGGCAUUUUUCAUGCACCGAAGGCAGCGGCUGGCCAAGCUUCCCCAUUUAAAUGAAGGACAGGGAGAUGGGAGAGAUGUUCCCAUCCUCGGGCUGCUGACAAAUGGUCAAAGCUCCACUCCAAUGGAAUUACAAUAUACUCCAGAACCACCAACUGUAUAUAUCGAUUUAAGGGACGCCAAAUCACAGAACUGUGACUUAUUGGCCGAAGAAACACAAAGCUCGAGUGACAGCUCCACAGACAGCGAGGAAGAUUCGAAAGCGACGGGCCAAGAAAAAGCGAAAGAGGGAACGGGAGACUUUUCUCAGCUGUCACGCAAAGAUUGCACUGGGAAGAGUUUUUUGCUGCAGCAGCUACGCAACUUUCGCCGAAGGAUGUCUCAAGUUCCUCCGAAGGGCUCUGGAACGACCCCCCAAGACAAAGAAAGGAGGCAGGAUCUCAAAACGAUGGAGGAAACUGGUCCCCCGAAAGCCAGGGACAGACAUUGCUUGAAACUGCGGGGGCUGGCCUCACUCGGCUCAGGACGUUCGGACUCCAUUGCAAACAGCUUCCCCUUCCUUCAACACGUUAACAGCAAGACCAGCUCCUUGAGAGAUCGCAAGAAAGAACUUGGGGAAGGGCCGCGUUCGGAGAUAACGCGAGCAUCUUCAGAAGGUGAAGGCACAAACUUCCCAAGGGCAGAAGAGAACCAGAAAGAGAAGCAGGCCCGAGAGAAGCAGAGGCGGCAGAGACUCCAUGAUCAGCUGGAGAGGUCGAAGCCGCAGCUCUCCAUCACUGGGAAGCAGCCCAUGGCGGAGCAGACACCUGUCUUGUUCCAUGCGGAGGCCUCCUGCCUCCCGCCGGUCAGCAUGCUGCCGGCCCUGAACGGCUUGGGAAGCCAGAGGCUUCAGAUGACCGUCACGCUGUCCAGCUGCGGGCAGGUUUCCCCGCCUCAUGAGCAGAAGGGCUCCUUCACAGAAACCUCCUCAUCAGCUGCCAAUGUCUACCCGGCGGUUGUGACCUGGCUGCUUUCCCUGGUACCCUGUUUGGGAAGUAGAGGAGAGAGCGAAGCUCCGUUCCAUGUGUUGGGACUGCAGCAAGCUUGGCAGAAGGGCGGCCUGGCGCUGCAGGCUUGCUUAACCCCAGUCUGCGAGUCGGAUGGACGGAGCACGCCCGGACCGCAGAAACAGAAACUCAAGGAAGAAUCCCUUGAGAAAACAUCUCUGUUCUAUCAGCGGACCUCCCGGUUCCUCUCCCAGACUUCUCUCCGGGACGUGACUUGGUGGAGGGCCGAGCUGGCCAGUCGCCUGCAGGAUCAGCCACACCCCUUCCUUCCCGAUAUUCCUGACAUCUGCCUGAAUGCCAUCGCUGCCGUGGACUCAAACCCUCAGGUGGUGGAGGAAGCCUGCGCGGUGCCGGUUGGGUUUUACUGGCAGACUGUGGAGACAGAUGAAAUAUAUUUCCCUGGCAGCAGCGACAUCGGAGAGAGCGGUGAUACAGCCACCGAGGUUGCUAUGGUACUGCUGUUUGAAACCCUGCUCCGAAACCCCCUGGCGGUCCACCACAUGUUCCAGCUGAUUUUGGCCUCCAGUUUGGAUAUCUGCGGACUCCGCCUGCUCUACCCCCCCUACAACAUCUUGCUGUCUAGCGCAGUCACGCUGCCGCCUUCUCAUGCACCAGAGAAAGAGCUGCCCGUGCUGGCUCUGAGCCUGAGAGGGCCUAACGCCCGCGGGGUCCUGCAAGAUAUUGUGGGCCCUUCCGACCCCCGCCUGGCCAGGGUGACUGACCGGCGCUCCAUCAACGCCAAGUACUGCGCGAGCCCAGCCCAGCCCCUCGUCUACCUGCCUCGCACGGAGAGCCGCGUGCACAGAGAGCUCUGCGUCUGGUUCGGAGGGCCCUCAGACCUUCAAGUGGAUGCCAGCCAAGGAACGAGCAACUUGGAAGACGUAGCGCCAUCCGAACCUCCGGCAGCCCUCGUCUCAACCACCAAAGGCGACAUUAUUUUGGUGGCCUCGCCCGCAGUGGCCCCUUACGCCUAUGGCAGCGUGAUUUCCACAUGCACCCGGAGAGGAUUCGUUCUGCAGGGAGUCAAGCAGCUGCGGCUGUCGCCCAAGAAAGCGUCCUUGCUCGGCGUGCCUGAAAACCAGGAUUGCAGCGCCAAAUCUAUCGCGCUCCUGCCGGCCGAACACCUGGAAAGCGCCACUGUGAUAUCGCAUGACAGUGGUCCGAAAAGACCAUGUAGCCUGCUGGUGCCAUCAGUGUACGUGUGGGCUGUUGGCGAUCCCUGGUUGAUGAACGGACUGGGUGAGAAAGGCUUCUUGGUGGAGACGCAAAGCGGUUCGCCGCCCAGCCCUGGACUGGAACCCAGCCCGAGUUUUCACGCGGCUCCUUACACCGACAGCUUGUUGCAGGCCCUGGGUGGCAGUUUUUGCACUGUGCCCGACCCCUGCCACAUCCCCCUGGAUGUUUUACGCUCUAGGAGGUACGCCUCUGAUCCUGAUAUGGAGCAAAUCGUCCUGUUGACCCUGUCUGGGAAAGAAGCCCUGAAGACUGCGGGCGAGUUCCUUCACCGAAUCCUUGCGCUCGGCUACACGAAGGAAGCGCAGGCCCCGGGUGAUUCCCAACUCAGAGACUACGCAGUCUCAGGCGGCCACGACCAACGAUUUGAGCUUCUCGCACUGAAGUGGCUGCCCCGCCUCACUCGGACUCAGGCCAAGGAAACGACGCCUUUCGAAGUGGGCGAUCAGCUCUGGCACGCGAGCGUCAACACUCUCGCAUCAAGCCCCGCGCUCGUCUGCGCGCUCCGGAGGAUUGGUGCCUUCGCGGCCCUCGCCGAGACCCUGGAAGCUCGAGCGCGGCCCUACGGCAAGCCAAGGACGGACUCCGGCGACCUUCAGCGAGUUAUGUCAUCGACCCCUGAGAUGGCCUACCGGCAGGCAGUCCUCUUCUUCACUGAGGAAGAUUUCGUCGGUGAUCCAGACCGCCGUCCUGCCCUGCGGUACUUGCCGCCUCCUGCCAGGUGCUCCCGGUCCACAGGGAUCUGGACUCAGGCGAGCAGCGCAGAGUCACUCUUCCGCUUCAUGCAAGCAGGUGCCGAGAUCCUCUGCACCGUGCUGUUGAUCAAGCCUGGCACGUGGACCCGCAGCCUGCCUCGGAUCCUUCGAAAACUCUACCUGGAGAGAUUCUGCCUGGUUGGAAUGAAGCAUCUCACCUUGAACACUGAGGACGCCAAAGCGCUCCUUUCCUCUGAAGACGAGGAGGUUUGUGGGACUAAAAAGGGGGUGGCACCAAGAGUACCAGAAUUGAUAGUAGGGUCAGAUCUGUGUCUGGAGUUCACCAAGGAACUCUGGGAAAUGUAG